UAAAAAGGAGACAGUCCGGCGCUGCUGCAAUUUGUAUUAAAACCUCAGCCUCUUUCUAUGGAAUCCUUAGCGACUCCAGACUCCCACCAGCGCGCGCCCCCUCUGCUGUACUACAGUCUCCACCAUUAGCUGCCUCUUGCCUCCGGACACUUCAUAAAGAACACCCACCACAGAUAAUUUCAUUUGCGCUACUUGGAGCUUUUGACAGGAUGGCCAGAUCGGCGUAUAUCCUCUGUGGCAUGGUUUUCAUCCUGGGGCUGCUCUCAUAUACAGUGGCUUCCAAAAGGAACAGGGGCUCCCAAGGCGCCAUCCCUCAUCCUGACAAAAACAACCCAAAUGAAUCGGAGCAGCAACCACAGACACCGCAGGCGGGCUCUGGUUCCCGACGGCGGGAAAAGAGCUCUGCUGCACCGGCUGAGGAGGUGCUGGAGUCCAGCCAAGAAGCGUUGCAUGUCACGGAGCGCCGCUAUCUGAAACGCGAUUGGUGCAAGACCCAGCCACUCAAACAGACCAUCCACGAGGAGGGCUGCAUCAGCCGCACCAUCAUUAACCGGUUUUGCUAUGGACAGUGUAAUUCUUUUUACAUCCCCAGACAUGUCCGCAGGGAAGAGGGAGCCUUUCAGUCUUGUUCGUUCUGCAAGCCGAAACGAUUUACUACCAUGACUUUCACUUUGAACUGUCCGGACCAGCAGCCGUCCACCAAGAAGAAGCGCAUCCAGCGCGUAAAGCAGUGCCGCUGCAUCUCCAUAGACUUGGACUAGCCCUGUGAUUGGCUGGGAUGCGGCCAAUUAGUCUACUCAUCAAACAAUUUUAUUGGAUUGUUCACAUGAAGGAUAAUCACCGUAUGACUUGGAGCAUGUUUCCCUAUUCCAAAUAUGAGAAAAAUGUCUAUCUGCAAGGAACGUAAGAUCAGAUAGACAUGUGCAGCAUGUUCUAGGCUUCUGUAGAUAUGCUUGGACAUAUUCUUAUGCGUAUAAUUUCCUAUUAAUCAAAUUGCAAUAGCAGCCUGUGGCAAGCAACGUUGCAUGGUAUAAUGACAUGGAAUGAACACAACAAGCAGCUGAUUGACUUGUAACCAAGCGCACGGCUUUUCCAACCUCCGCAAAUAGGACUGCAGACCCUUUUCACACAAUGUUUUUACACUAUUUUGGAUAGAAACAGCAAUAGGCUAUCAAAACCAAUUUCAAUGGGGGAAAUAUGAUGGAUAAUUCGUUUAUAUAAUUAAUGGUUGAUUACUAGAUAGUUUCCACUAUGUGGAAUUUGAAGAAAAGUAACGACUAUUUAAUGUGGCAAGAAUGCUCCACUGAUUUCUGUGACUCCAAUGUUCAGUAUUAUAGUGGAGAAAGGAGAGCUUUUGUAAAGUAGGCUAGGACUAACAGGUUCGAUGCUAUAAAUCGAAACAAACAAAAUAUCUGUGUUAGUUGGACAUGGAAAUGAAAAUGUUCGAUGUAGGCCUACAUACUUGUUUAUAAUGCUGUAGAUGGAAGCUUUUCUUUUAGUUGUAAAAUGUUAUUCAUACACGAAUUGUAUAUGCAACCAGUUUGAUAAUUCUAUCAGAGCAAGUGAUCCACAAAACAAAAUAAACAGAUAUUGACAUUGAUGCAGUGGUCACUGAACCUGUUUGCUUUUUGCUUACAUUGUUCAUGUCUGAACAUUUCAGCGUCAGGGUGCAGGGCAGACACAGCAGAUGUGAAAUGGAUCGUUAAUUAACCCACACCCAAACUGCAAAGACUCCGAUUUCAUGCAGAGCAUUUUAUGUAUCAGGUUAACCCUAAACACCAAAUAAAAACAUAUUCUCUAGCGAUGGGUUAUUUUCUUCUUGCUUGGAGCCAACCUCUUGCUGGGACUUAUAUACGUUCCUUAAACCCUUGGAUACAUUCCGUCGUAAAACGAAGAUCAUUUAUGAGAAAAGACCACAAGAAACGCCAUUACAUGUUAGACUCAACAACCUUUUCAAUAACCCCUUCAAACGAUGUUAUCGAAGUUUACAAUAGGAUCUCCCCUGGCUCGCAAAUCUGUCACAGGCCCAUGUUUUUGUGGGGACAAUCUGAUGCUAACGCAUUUGUAAAACCAUUGCUCCAUUAAGGUUUCUUGUUCAGAUGGUGUAGGCCUACAUGGUUCUCUAAAAAUAGAUACAUCAACCAAUCAAUAGCCUUCUCUAAAAAUUGAACACCGAUCAGUUUUCUUUAUCAACUCUUUAUUGUCGAGUUGUUUAAGCCUCUUGCACAUUUGGCAAUUUGCCGCCCCAUGCAGUAAAGAUGCAUCCAGCUGGGACUUCAGAGUUUUAGGCAACGAACAUGUCAGUUGCGUCUCUCUGCUUCGAUUUACCCUUGCCAUGUCUUCAUUCUACCGAAUGUAGUGCUGACAUAAUCAAGUUUGCACCUCCAUUGGCACAUGUAGCCAAGUGUAAUAGGCUACAAGUCAUGUUUAGAGAAGUUGCUUGUUUCUAUCAAUUUCUAUCGAUUUAACGUAGGUGUACUUUCUCUCAUUAUUAUCGUGCUUUCUAACAUUUUCAAAUUAUUCAUUUAUAAUGAAAAUGUGCAUUGUGAGAUAACUAGGUGCAAAUUAAUAAAUCAUUGCACAUAAAUCAAUGAAACAAUUAGGCUAUAGUCAUUUUCACCUUUAUUUGGCUACUGCAUCAUUACUGAGCCUGAAUGUUAUUAGGGAGUGCUGAAAGUAGAGAAACAACAGACAGGGUUAAACAUCCGUUUCCAUGCGCGCAAGGCUUCCUCAUCUCUAGACUCCAGUUAAGACUUUGGUGACUGAAUUGUUUGCAAUCUAUUACUUUGACCUCGCGCAAAUUCAUUUUU